AUGAUGCGAAGAGACGAGUCGGGGCAACUAUCGGCUGCCAGCAUGGUUGGACAAGAAGGCAUGCCGAUGCCAGCACCACGGCCACGAGGCCCGAAGCUCAAAUUUACCGCAGAGGACGAUCAGUUGCUGAUCUUGCUCAAGGAGCAAAAGAAUCUAACAUGGAAGCAAAUUGCCGACUUCUUCCCCGGCCGCUCCUCGGGAACUCUACAAGUACGGUAUUGCACCAAGCUCAAGGCCAAAACGACUCUCUGGACGGAUGAUAUGGACCAAAAGCUUCGCAACGCGCUACAAGACUACGAAAACGAGAAAUGGAGAAUCAUUGCUCACAAAGUCGGAACGGGGUUUACGCCCGCAGCGUGUCGCGAGAGAGCGGCCCAAAUUGGCAUCGGGGACGAGGAGUACCAGCCGCCCAUGUCACCCGAGCCUGGCCCUUCCGAGAGCAGCAUUGUCAUGUACCCUGGUGAAAGCCGACACUUACCAUUCCCAGAGAAGCAUCACUCGGGAAUGCAGGAUCAAUAA